AUGGAAAAUUUAGCCUCAGGUCUGAAAGGACCAGAGUUGAAGCAGAGCAAUCUCGCCCUGCAGUGGAAGGCCCUUUUGGGUCACAUUGACACCCGAUUCCAAAAGCUCCAGGACCAGUUUGACUCGGAACGUAACUCGCUCCAGACCCGGUUCCAAGAGGUCCAAGACCAGUUUGACUUGGAACAGUACUUGCCACAGGCCCGAUACCAGGAGCUUGAGGACCGCGAGAAGGAAUUGGAAGAGAAAGUUUUCAACUUUCACUCGAAAAUGGAAUCCAAAGCCCAGGAAUUACAUGGAAUCGAGAGAUUGACAGAAGAGAAAAGAAAAGAGGUUGAUGUUACACAGAAACGACUAAUGGAAGUUGAGAAAUUGGUUAAAGAGAAGGAGACGAAUUUGGAAGAGAGGUCCAAAGAGCUUGAGAUUAAGGAGGAGGAAGUGACAGGGGCUCGAGGAGUGUUGAACACUUUUCGUGAGGAUAUUGAGUUGAACCGGAGGCAACUAAAUGCGAUUAGGGGGUCUGUUGAGAAGGAGAAGAACGUGUUGGUUUUGAAACAAGAGGGGGUUAAAGCAGCGGGUAAAUCUCUUGAAGAAUAUCACAAAGAAAGUAAACUGAAAAAGGAGAGACUUUGUCUGAUUCAGAAAGUAAUGGUGCAGUGCUCUAAUUCACUUCAAUCUAGAGAGAAAACAAUCAGGGAAAUGGAGUUGAAGGUGAAAGAUUAUGGUUUGCUUAAGAAAUCCAUGGAGGAAUGGUCCUGUAAACUUGAAUCGAAAGAGAGGGAACUUGAAGGAUGGGUUGAGAAGUUUGAAUUAAGAAACAAACAACUUGAGUCAAAAUUUGAGGAACUCAAUUUGAUUCAUAACAGGGCCAGUGAAUACCUCAAUGAGGUUGAGGUGCAAGUAAAUCAUUUUGAUUCACUCAGAAAAUUGAUGCAAGAACGCCAAAAACAUUUGGAUUCAGAAGCACUAGAACAUUCCCAUGGACUUGAAAUGAAAGAGGGGCAACUUGAAAAACAGGCCAAAGAGCUUGAGUUGAAACAAAAACAAUUUGAUUUGAUGAUUCAAGAACGCCAAAAGGAAUUGGAUUCACAAGAAAAUUUGUUACAAGAACAGGCCAAAGAGCUUGAAUCGAAACAAAAACAAUUUGAUUUGAUGAUUCAAGAACACCAAAGGGAUUUGGAUUUACAAGACAAGUUGUUACAAGAACAGGCCAAAGAGCUUGAAUUGAAACAAAAACAAUUUGAUUUGAUGAUUCAAGAACGCCAAAGGGAUUUGGAUUCACAAGACAAGUUGUUACAAGAACAGGCCAAAGAGCUUGAAUUGAAACAAAAACAAUUUGAUUCGACUCAAAAAUCCAUGGAGACCAAUGUUCCUUCUUCCUCCAGUAUUCAGUCAAGCGCAAACAGGAAUCGUAUAGGCUUGCAAUUGCUCAUGAAUGAGAAUUUGAAGAGAAUUGACUUAGUGGGUAGAGAAAUCUCAGGUGUUCUUCAGGCGUCAUCUGACCCAGCGAAAUUGGUUUUGGAUGCAAUGCAAGGGUUUUACCCUUCAAAUUUGAAUGUGGAUAACCAGGAGUUUGAUUAUGAUUUGAGAGUUAUUAGGAGGAGUUGUCUUCUUUUGCUACAGGAGUUGAAGAGAUUCUCACCACAAAUUAAUCCUCAUGUGAGAGAAGAAGCAAUGGAGUUGGCAGCUGAUUGGAAGGCUAAGAUGAAGGUGGCAACUGAAAAUUGGUUGGAGAUUUUGGGCUUUUUGCGGCUUGUUUCUACAUAUGAAUUCACCACUGCUUAUGAUGCAAAAAAGCUUCAAUCUCUUCUUGCUAUAGUUGUUAAUCAAGAUCAGGCCACUGAAUUUUGUCAGGCCUUUGGUAUCACAAAUAAGGCACCUGUGGGCAACAUCGUUUCUUUACCUGUCAAAAUUGAGGAACCAGAAUGUUUACCGGUCAGAUGCGCAUCAACUUCAUCUUCUCCAAAUCUUCAACUAAAUGCCACCACAGAUGCAAGGAAUUUGCAGGGCUCUCCAAAUGAGCAUUUAAGUGGAAAACAGUCGAGGCAUAUCGAAAUGUUUGAUGCUCUGCAAAUGUCAUUAAACCCAGCAAAACUCGUUUUGAAGCUGGUGCAAGCAUCUUUAACUGAGCACUGGAAAAUUGGGCAUGUUGAUGCAGUAAGCCUAGCAGUCCAGUGGCAAGAAAAAAUGAGAGCAGAUGCCGAAAAUUCGUUGGAGAUUUUGGGUUUUUUGCAGUUUGUAGCUGCAUAUGGAUUGCUCUCAACCUUAAACGGAGAUGAGAUUGUAAAACUUCUUGGGAUGAUUUGUCAGCAUGCACAGGCUCUUGAAUUAUGCAAGGAACUUGGUUUUGCAGAUAAGAUCCCUGGUAAGUUUCUUAAUAAUGGACUUUCAUAA